AUGGCGACUGCUGACUGCCCAUCCUCUGCUACUGGUCGCCUAUUUCUCACGGAUCGAGCUUCGAAGGUGCAGUUUUUGAUCGACACAGGAAGCGAUCUAAGUGUCUACCCUCGGUCACUUAUUCAAUAUCGUCGUGCCAAAACGGAUUACAAUCUGUGUGCUGCAAAUGGUUCUAUUAUAUCUACAUAUGGUUUUGUACAUUUUAAUCUAGACUUUGGCUUGCGAAGAUUGUUUAAUUGGCGAUUUGUUGUAGCCGAUGUAACUAAACCUAUAAUAGGCGUAGAUUUUUUAAACUUUUAUGGUCUCAUUGUUGAUUGUCGUAACAAACGCUUGUUAGAUAGUAUAACUUCACUUUCAUCCACAGCCAAAGUCGUUAGUUGUAUUAAUAUAGCCUCUGUCAAAAUCUUGACCGGUGAGACUCGGUAUCACAAAAUUCUUGAGGAAUUUCCCGAAAUCACCCGUCCAAGUGGUACAUAUCGCGACAUAAAACACAAUACUGUACACCAUAUUCGCACCACUCCAGGCCCUCCAGUAUCUUGUACUCCACGUAGAUUAGCACCCGAUAAACUCAAAAUUGCUCAACAGGAGUUCGAGGCUAUGCUUGCUAACGGGACGGCUCGACCUUCACAGAGUCCUUGGGCAUCUCCUCUUCACCUAGCGCCUAAAAAAGACAACAGUUGGCGUCCCUGUGGUGACUACCGUAUGCUAAAUGCCCGAACUGUGCCUGACAGGUAUCCGAUUAAACACAUCCACGACUUUGCUCACAAUCUCGUGGGCUGCAAAAUUUUUAGCACCAUCGACUUACUGAAGGCAUACAAUCAGAUACCUGUCGAUCCAGCAGACAUUCCGAAGACCGCGAUUACUACUCCAUUCGGUCUAUACGAAUUCCCUUUUAUGACCUUCGGACUCCGGAAUGCGGGUCAGACCUUCCAAAGGUUUCUAGACGAAGUCACUAGAGGUCUAGACUUUGUCUUUGUUUAUCUGGAUGAUAUCUUAGUUUUUUCUAAGGAUGAGCAGCAGCACGAACACCAUCUCCGCCAAGUUUUCACCAAGCUAAGAGAAUAUGGCUUGCUAGUGAAUACGGCAAAAUGCGUUUUCGGUGUGCCAGAGGUAAAAUUUUUAGGUUACUCAAUCUCCGAGAACGGCUCCAAACCUUUGGAAUCCAAGGUACAGGUGAUCAAAGAGUUUCCAACUCCAACUACGGUACGUCAGCUCAGGGCAUUUUUGGGCAUGCUCAAUUUUUACAGGGGAUUUCUUCCUAAAGCAGCGGCAGUCCAGGCUCCACUACAUGCGUUGCUGACGGGUUCUGUCAAAGGGUCACAACCUAUAAAUCUUACUGGGGAGGCCCUUGAAGCCUUCAUCGCAUGUAAGAACAGCCUCGCAGAGGCAGCUUUAUUAGCACACCCCGACUGUACUGCUAAACUUGCCUUGGUGACAGAUGCCUCCGAUAAGGCAAUUGGUGCAGCCCUGCAACAGUACAAGAACGAGGCAUGGCAGCUACUAGCCUUCUUCUCGCGGAAGCUGAGCCCAUCACAGGUGAAAUAUUCACCAUACGAUAGGGAAUUGCUCGCCAUAUAUGAAGGCAUUAAAUAUUUCAGAUUUAUGCUCGAGGCCCGGCAUUUCGUUAUCUAUACUGACCAUAAGCCGAUCAGUUUUGCAUUCCAUGAAAGGAAGAAAAACUGUUCACCUAGACAGUAUAGACACCUCGAUUUCAUAGCUCAAUUCACAUCCGAUAUCCGACACAUAUCUGGCAAGAGUAACGUAGUUGCCGAUACCUUGUCGAGAAUUGAAGAACUAGGUAAACCGGUUAGUAUCGAGAACAUAGCCCAAGCCCAAUCGUGCGACUCAGAGCUCCAAACUCUUCUGACAGCAGGUUCGUCUCUGCGUUUAGAGAAGCUGAUGGUACCUGGAAGUCGAGUUCCGUUGUAUUGCGACGUCAGUACACCGACCUCUAGACCCUAUGUACCUAAGAUUUUUCGCAAGCAAGUUUUUGAGAGCCUUCACUCGCUGAGUCAUCCUGGCGCUAGUGCGACAAUAAAACUCGUUGCAGAACGAUUCGUUUGGCCUGGCAUACGCAAAGACUGCCGUGAAUGGGCUCGCGCGUGUCUAGCAUGUCAGAAAGCCAAGGUCAAUCGACACGUUACUUCACCUCUCGGUACGUACACCUUGCCUAAAGUUCGUUACACCCAAAUCCACAUUGACAUUAUUGGCCCUUUACCACUUUUGCAAGGCUAUCGGUAUUGUCUAACGGCGGUAGACCGAUUUACUCGGUGGCCGGAAGCAGUGCCGAUCGCGGAUAUUACUGCGGAAACAGUGGCCCAAGCACUCCUGUCAACGUGGAUCGCUCGAUUCGGUUGUCCAUCUACAAUUACAACCGACCGUGGUCGUCAAUUUGAGUCGGCGUUAUUUCAGUGCCUCUCAAAGACUGCUGGUUUCGAGCAUAAGCGCACGACUGCCUAUCAUCCAGCAUGCAAUGGCAUGGUGGAAAGAUUUCACCGUCAACUCAAAGCUGCCAUCGUUUGCCAUGCUAAUGACAGGUGGACGGAAUCUCUGCCAUGGGUUCUCCUAGGCAUUCGUAGUGCCUUCAAAGAGGAUCUUCAGUGCUCAUCUGCCGAGCUUGUUUACGGAGAGCCGUUAAGAUUACCGGGCGAAUUCUUUCAGCCUACUGACGGCAGUACAACGGAUCUCUCUAACUUCUCCGCUCGCCUUAAACAGAUUGUAUUACGAUUGAAACCUUCGCCCGCUUCUCGUCACGGUAGCCCAAAAGUCUUUGUUUAUAAGGAACUAGCAACCACCGAUCACAUUUUCCUCCGCGAAGACGCAUCGCGUGGUUCUCUUCAUCCUGCAUAUUCAGGCCCCCAUAAGGUUUUGUCAAGGGAUGACAAAGUUUUUAAAAUACUUUUAAAGGGUAAAGAAGUCACGGUAUCAAUAGACCGCAUUAAGCCGGCCUUUAUACUGCCUGACCCUACAAAUUCCGAACCAGAACCUUUACCAAAUGUUCAGAAAGAGCAUACAACUCGUUCUGGACGUCGAGUUCAUUUUCCAGAUUUUUAUCGCCCUUGA